AUGUCUCCAGACCUUAACCCUAUUGAGCCUCUGUGGGGCAUCAUCAAACGAAAAGUAGAGGAGCACAAGGUCUAUAACAUCCACCAGCUCUGUGACGUCAUCAUGGAGGAGAGGAAGAAGAUUCCAGUGGUAACCUGUGAUUACCAAUUAUUAAAUUUCUCCAAAACGAAGUCUCACAAACCAGCCAAUACUUACCAUCCACCAAAGGAAAGGUUUGAUAUGAAGACCACAUUUCAAGACCAUUUUCAGUUCUGCCCAAUAAGACCAAGACAGUCCUGUAAACUAGAACAUUUGCAUACAGGUUGCUUGCCACCCAUUGAUUUUCGAACAAAUUAUAGAAUAGAGUAUGUGCCGCACCACAUAGAAGGAAUAAGGAUAUUUAAGAAGGAAAAGUAUAUGCCCAAUGAAGGGCCAUAUGAUUACCUAACAACUAACAGGCAAGAUUAUAAAGGAUUACCUGGAAAAGAAGCUAAAUCAUUAAAACCCAGAUACUGCUUUACAGGCUCAGAUAUACCGUUUAGUGGCUUGACUGAAUUUCAGGACAAGUAUCAAAUGUGGCCUCUACCGCCUCCUCUUGAAAAGAAGUCUGUUAUAUACAAGAAGCCUACAGAUAAAAUUAACUUUAUAUCAACUUCUCACUAUGACUACACUCCACCAAUCCUUCACCCGCAAGUUUCAUAUAAGCCAGUCUGGCAAUACCGAAGAAGUUCAGAAGCUUUUGAAGCAAAUUCUAUAAUGAGAGAAGAUUUCAAACUUUGGCCGUGCAAAAAGGCAUCUCUUCUAAGGCCACAGUCAAAUCUUGGCCUUCCAAUAGGCUCCUUUGAAAAUACAACUACUACUAGACAUGACUAUUUACCUCACCCUCCCACUCACACCAAGUCUUUCAAACCAACUGAAAAAAGAUUUAGGCCAUUGUUGCCUAUUGAUGCGCAAACCAUUUACAGCAGCAGCUACACUGUGAAACCAUUUCAAAUUUGUUGUACUAUUAACAACGAUCUUCCCAAGCAUAUAAAUCUGGAGAUGGACUAUCUCAAACCCAAACAGUACAGAUUACAGUCUGAGAAAGGAAAUAAGUAUGAUUUCAAUCGCGCAACAGCAGUCCCACUAUCUGCAGAAUGUUCUUCACUGGACAAUAGAUUUACGACACCCAGGGAAAAGGAAGCCAUGGCUUAA